AGUGUAAACGACGCCGUCCUGUUCAAGUUGAAAAGAGCGCCAGCAACUUGGAACAAAAACAAAAAAAACAAGAGAAGAAAGAGCGCCUGAUUCUCUCCCAUGGAGGAACACACAUUUGAGCCUGAUCUAAUUCACACGAUUUUCAAGAUCGUCUGGUCCAAAAGAGCUCUCGAGCGUCAAAUGAUCGAAGGCGCCGAUGCGUUGGACGGCGAGACCGGAGCUGGAACAUCGAAGAAGAAUCGCCCCACAUCAGCCAAUGGAAAUGCCUUAAAAUUGAGCUGUGAACUUCUCCGGAACUUUACCACAGAGGCUGUGCAGCGUGCUGCUACAAUUGCUGAAGCGGAGGGCGUGAGUAAAAUUGAACCAACUCACUUGGAGCGGGUUCUCCCACAGUUGCUUUUGGAUUUUUGAGGUAUUUUUGAGGUUCCAAAACUUGGCGAACUAAAACAAGAGUAUGGACGGUAAUAUUCUUGGAGGCAUUGACAAUAAGGUUGUUUCAUUGGAACCAAACCUCGUAUUAGAUGUUUGUUUGCUGCUAUGAACUCACUUUGUAAUUUUUAAGCUAGAAUCCUUGAAUUUCUGCUGGAAAUCUUGGGAGUGGGAGUUUAGGAUAUGCAUGAUCUUUGGUGUACUGUAAAUCUUCGUUGAAUUAGUAUAAGUCUAAACGACAAAUUGCCCCUCAUUCCUCUCGUCUUUCACUCACUUAACUAGCUCUGCUAGGUGACCGGAGACGGGAUAGGUACAGAUGAGCUCUGUGGAAGAUAGGCAGGGGUAGCACUUUAAACAAUGUUGGAAUAUCGUUUGAAGGGGAACACAAUAUUUUCUUAUUCGUCGUGCUAUUUUACAUCA